AUGUCAGAUCUUUUUGACCUGAACAUUGGCUCCCAAGGGAACGCUUGGUUUUCACUUUGGAUCAAAUAUGAGGGCGAAGAUUGGCCGGUGAGGUUUUCUGUCAAGUGCGAAGCUGCUUUGUCUCACAGACAGAGCUUUUUUUUCGACUUAGGCUUGCACUACCACCCCAAUAACCCGAUUUUCCUCGAGGACCGUUAUAAAGACAGCUCUGUAUUUUUAAUGAGAUGCCUACAAGGAGAAUCUGUGUUAACAGUAUUGAGGAGUCAUGAGGAGAAGCGUUUCACGGACGAGGAGAAGGAUAAAUGGUCAAGGAUGCUUAUACAUUUGUGUGCACUCUGCGAAAGGUGGGGGCUUCCCCAUAUUUUCAAUGAAGCAACAUAUCAGUUUGCAAUCCUGCAGGAGUCCCCAUUGGUGCCUCCAGAACACAUCGUGCUUAUCUUCAAGGUUACAGUGCCCGGAUCGAGUUUACGUCGAUUAGCCGUUAAUAUGGUCAUGAGUGAAAGAAAUGAUGGAAUUGGAGAGGCUCGACUGCAAGCUUAUUUGAGAUAUAAGAGCUUGUUCAGCGACGAAACAGAGCUUCUGGAUGCCUUGCGGGAAAAACUUCAGCUUCCACUUAGCUCGGUGUUUUGGUAUUCCGGCUUUAUGAAACGGAGUGCAUGGGCGAUCUAUUACAUGAAAGUUUAUUAA